UAUCGCUGCUAUCGCACGAGAUGAUUUGAGGUUAUGUGCCCAUGAGAUUAUUGUAUACAAAAAUAUGUAAUUAUAACUAUUGGGAACAGAAGUAUGCAGUUAAUUAUUUAAGCAGGUACUCGAAGGCAAUACGUGUAUAAUCCACAUAGAUAAAAUCAGAAUUACAUUAUUCCAAUGGCUCCGAUGGGAAAGCGUUCAUUUCGUGGUAAAAAGAGAAAAAUUGAUGAACGCAAUGCACAAAAACGACCAAAGCCGAAGAAAGAAAAAUUCGACUUUAGGAAAGCCUCUUAUAUUAAAGAACGUGACACAAAGAAUGAAGAAAUUGAAGCUCGCAGGCGAAUAAUGGAAGAGGAGAAGAUACGUCAGCGACUGGAGGAAACAGAUAGUUCUGAAGAGGAAGAGGUUGAUCCUUGGAUGCUUUAUAUAUCUAGGUUAUCUGGUUAUAAACAUACAAAUUUAAUGGAGAAAUUAAGGAAGCCAAUUGUGACAAGUUCAGAAAGUGAAAAUGAAAAUUCUGAUACACAGGAUAAAAAUGAAACAGAUAAGGAAAAAACGAAAAAAAUGAAGAAAACGAAAAAGAAAAACAUUGAAGAAAAGAAUGAAGAAUCUGAAGCAAAUGAAGAAUCUUCUGGUCAGGAUGAAAAGAUUAUAGUCAGGAUGAAAGAGGAUGACUAUGAAGAUGCUGAGACUGCCCAAGAAGACAUUGGCCAUUUGAGAGAUCCAUUCUCUUUGCAUUUACGUAAUGAUAUGGAUGAUGAACUGUGUAAAGCAGUUUCAUCAACGCCACAGAUUACAGAGACUACAACGUUAUCAUGGCCUACAUUGGGGAAUUUGGUAUGUCAAAUUCCAAAACCAGCUGUUGAUUCAAACGAUAAAGCAGUAAAAGUAAAAAAGCUUCUAGACGAUGAAGAGAAACAAUUUACAAAUUAUGGUAAGGUUCCCACUCUGAUUGAGAACGUCGACUGGAACAAAUUGCAUGUAAAAUCACAGAUUCAAAAUAAUUUAAUUAAAGCUAAUUAUGAUAACAUAAAAGAUACUAUAGAAAAAGAUUCUGCACCUUUAACUUCUCUUCAAAGAGAAUUGUUUUCCGUGGUAAAUAAUUAUCAAGACUUGCAUUAUCCCGGAAGUAUAUUUUCCAAUGCCGAUGAAAUACGAUUUGUUUAUUGCCUGCAUGUAAUUAAUCAUGUUCUGAAGACCCGAACAAAAAUACUGCAUCAUAGUGCAAAGUUAGCAAAAGCCAAUCGUAAUGGCAUGGGAGAAGUACCAGACGAGUACAAGGAUCAGGGUUUAGUUAGGCCCAAAGUACUCAUAAUAGUGCCAUUCAAACAUUCUUGCUUGAAGAUAGUUGAGAUGUUCAUCUCGAUUUUGUUCGGGGAAGAUAAAGGCGGCUCUGUCAUCAACAAGCUGCGAUUCAUGGAGGAUUUUACUGGAAACGAAUUAACGAUGCCCAAGAAAAAUCCUAAACCAGUAGAUUAUAAACUGACCUUGCAAGGAAAUAUCGACGACAAAUUCAAGAUAGGCAUGGCGCUUACCAAGAAAACUCUCAAGUUGUACACGAAUUUCUAUUCUUCCGACAUUAUAAUCGGUUCGCCGUUGGGUCUCAGGAGAGUAGUAGGUGCAGAAGGCGAAACGGUGAGAGACUACGAUUUUUUGUCAUCUAUAGAGUUGCUAAUCAUGGACCAGAUUGACACGGUUCUCAUGCAAAACUGGGAUCAUCUGUAUCAAGUUUUGGAUUACAUGCAUUUGCAACCCAAGGAAUCUCACGAUAUCGAUUACUCCCGCCUUAGAAGUUGGUGCGUGAAUGGCUGGACAAAAUAUUACAGACAGACAUUAAUCUUUUCCAGUAUCGAAACACCAUAUAUAAACACGAUGCUGAUCAGGAAAUGCUUUAACUACGCCGGCCAGGUGAAAGUGGCGAAUGCAUUAGAACCGGGCUCGAUUCAUGACGUGACCAUCAAAGUUCCACAGGUCUUCUACAGAUUCGACGCUUCCGAUCUUUGUCAGGCUAUUGAUAGCAGACUGGAUUUCUUCCUGAAAGAGAUAUUGCCGCGAUACACGGAUCCUAUAUACAAUCACACAUUAAUCUACGUGCCGUGCUACUUUGACUUCGUAUAUCUGCGCAAUCGCAUGAUGAAGGAGAAGAUGAGUUUCACGAUGAUUAGCGAGUAUACCCAGGAUCGAAAGGUCGCCCGAGCGAGGGAUAUGUUCUUUCACAGCGACGCACAUUUCCUCCUCUAUACAGAACGCUGGCAUUUCUGGCGCAGAACGAGGAUAAAGGGUAUCCGUCACCUUAUAUUCUACCAGCUGCCCACUUAUCCACAUUUCUACAGCGAAAUGUGUAAUCUAAUGGACAGUCUGUAUCAGAAUCCACGUUCCGGCACGGAGUACAAUAUGUCGGUAACCGUCGUUUACAACAAAUUUGACGCCAUAACUCUAGCCCAAAUAGUGGGUCAGAAUAGAGCCACUAAAAUGAUAGAAUCAGAAUCUAAAGUACACACGAUUAAAUGCUGAGACUUGAAUUAUUUUUCUAUACUUGUGUAUAUCAUGCGAAGAGAUAAUUAUAAAUAAUU